AUGACUAAAAUAUCUUAUGCAUCGUUCUCUCUUCUUCUUUCUUUGGUCUCGACGUACCUAAUUAUUGUUUCCCAUGCAGAAAACCCUAAAGACGGUUUUACCCUCGAGUUAAUCCACCGUGACUCCCCAAAGUCUCCGUUCUACAACCCCAACAUAACCCUGGCCGAACGGUUCGCGGCUGCUGUGAACCGUUCACUAACCCGUUCACGCCGUUUCAGCCGCCAUGGACGGUUAUUGACGGUGGAUGCGGAUUUAACUUCGAGCGGAACAACCGAUUAUCUGAUGAAGAUCGGAAUGGGAACUCCUCCGGUGGAAGUUUUAGGGUUUUCGGAUACUGGAAGCUCGCUUAUAUGGACGCAGGGUCAGCCAUGCACCAAGUGCCAGGACCAGCCAAACCCUCUUUUCGAUCCCAAAGGUUCGUCCUCUUACAAAAACAUCGGUUGUUCUUGGACCCAAUGCAAAGUUCUUUCCUCUAUUUCGUCUUGUGGUGGUGGCGACGCCUGUAUGUACAAACAAACGUACCUCGACGGCACGUACUCGAUAGGAAAUCUAGCGACCGAGACACUCACCAUCGGUUCACACGCUCUGCUUUCGGCGGUAGUCGGGGUCGGUCACGACAACGGACCCGACGUAAGAGGUUCGGGGAUCAUAGGUCUCGACUAUGGCGAUGCUUCUCUCAUUUCUCAGCUCGGCCCCGUCAUCAACGGCAUUUUCUCUUUCUGCUUAACGCCGUUCGAUUCAGACAGGCCCAGCCGAAUCAAAUUCGGUUCCGAAGGUGUCGUUUCCGGCCCCUCUGCGGUCUCCACACCCAUAACCAGAAAAUCCAAAUCAAGCGCUUAUUUCUUAACGCUCGAAGCGAUCAGCGUCGCCGGGACGAGGUUGGCGUUUCCGGGCUCGGCGUACGGUGGCGCCAAUGAGGGCAACAUGAUGAUUGACUCAGGAACCACAUUGACGGUUCUUCCCAUGAGUUUCUAUAACCAAGUGGUGGCUGAGCUCGAUAAGGUGUUAAAGGUGGAGAAGGCGCCGGUAGGGGAGACGGGUUUCAGCCUCUGCUACAAAACGCCGGGAAAUGACGUCCUGCCGGAGAUUCAGAUGCAUUUCAAAGGCGCCGACUUGAAACUGAGCCCUUCGAACUCCUUCCCGAGAAUUUCGCCGGAGACUGUGUGCUUCUCCUUCAUCGGAUCUCCGGCGGGUGUGUCGAUAUAUGGGAACAUGGGUCAGACCGACUUCUUGGUUGGUUAUGACCGCAACGCAGCGACAGUCUCUUUCAUACAGCAAGAAUGCAGUUAAAAGUGUCUUUCAUAUUAUACACAUGCAUCCAGGGGCGGACCCACUUAUAUCUGAGUGGUUCCUAGACCCCA